AUGUUAGCCGUCGGGCAGAUGGAUACCCGCCAGAGUGCAUUCGUCCUGAGCAGUACGCCGCUGGCUGCGCUUCACAACAUGACUGAGAUGAAGGCGUCUAUAUUUCCCUACUCCCUGCAGAAUCCGUCCAGCUUCAAGGCGCCGACCCUGGCGAGUUUGAACGCGCAGAUCCCGCUGGGGACGCCGCACGGGAUCAGCGACAUCCUAGGCCGCCCGGUCACUACCGCUGGCAAUCUGCUCUCUGGACUCCCUCGACUCAACGGACUUGCCACCACGGCGGGGAUGUAUUUCAACCCGACAGCAGCCAGCGUCUCCAGGUACCCCAAGCCCCUCGCUGAAUUGCCGGGGAGACCUCCCAUCUUCUGGCCGGGAAUGAUGCAGGGAUCUCCGUGGAGAGAUCCCAGGGUGGCCUGCCCAACUCAGGGCAGUUUGGUCCUUGAUAAAGACGGGAAGAAGAAACAUUCCAGGCCAACAUUUUCAGGUCAACAGAUUUUCGCUCUGGAAAAAACGUUUGAGCAGACCAAAUAUUUAGCUGGACCAGAAAGAGCCCGGUUAGCCUACUCUUUGGGAAUGACAGAGAGUCAAGUAAAGGUGUGGUUUCAGAACAGACGGACCAAAUGGAGGAAGAAACACGCGGCUGAAAUGGCCACGGCCAAGAAAAAGCACGAUUCAGAGACUGAAAAACUCAAGGAAACGUCGGAAAACGAAGAGGAUGAAGACGAAUACAACAGACCCCUUGAUCCCAAUUCAGAUGACGAGAAAAUCACACGGUUAUUAAAAAAGCACAAAAGCGCCGGAUCGCUCACCAUCCUGGACCCACACAACAGCCCGGAGAUCUUGUGACAAACUUU